AACAAUUUGCAAAAUCGUGCGGCUUCUCAGUUCUUACGUGGUAUAUCAUUAUCUCGUCAACCAAAAGGGAAGGCUGAAAAAGUUAUAAAAGAAUUUAAUGAAGCAAAUUCAAUAUUUUUAUCCUCUGAAGCUGACUUUGUUCUUCUUGAUCAAAAGAAAAAAAAGAGAGUUACUGAAGCAAAAAUGAAAGGAACGCCUAAUCAUAGUAAUGCAGAUAAGAUAUAUGAUAAUGCACAAGAGUCUUUUUACAACAAUGUUGAAAGUGUUAAUAACGACAAUG